AAAUGGGAUUUCAAAAUCACAAACUUCUUUCAUAUAUGAACACAAGGCCAGGAGCACAUGUGGAAUAGUAAAGUUGAAGGGAACUUGGAUAGUAGUUUGGCAAGAUGCUAUGAGUAGAUUAGGCUAGGUUGGUAAAGAGAGACAGGAAAUGGCUGAGUCAGUGCUUUGGGCCUCCAUUAGAAUGUAAUCCAUGGUGUUGAAGGUUUGUUGUUGAAAAUGCCUUACUGAGGCACCUCUUCAUGAUACCUACUCUCCUCACAGCAUUGUGGCAGGGCACUGCAGAGAGCAUCUGUCAGCCAGAGGGGCACUGGGACUUUCUCAUCCUGUUCUACCGUAUUAAUAGCUGGGAGCUUUUGAAAGGGACAAGAGAAAGGUGGGAUAGUAACAUCUUUCUUAGAAGAAUUGACUUCUUUUCCUGAAAGUGAUGAAUAUACAGCAGAUAACUGCAUGGAAGGGAUAAUAAUCAGAUGGCUACCUUCUACAUUUUUUAUUAGGAAACAAAGUCCAUUGUAAAAGUCUGUGUUGAUCUUGAAAAUAGAAGCAUUUUUAAGAGUUAAAUUUCCACAAGAACUCUACCAUCUCCUUUUGGAUCUGAAGACUGGGGGACAAUGGAUAUCAUAGAAACAGCAAAACUUGAGGAACAUUUGGAAAAUCAGACCAAUGAUCCUACAAUCACUUACACAAGACCUGCUGAACCUGUUGAAGAAGAAAGCAAAAAUGGCAAUGGUAAACCUAAGAGCUUAUCUAAUGGGUUGCGAAAAGGCACCAAAAAGUACCCAGACUAUAUUCAAAUUGCUAUGCCCACUGAAUCGAGGAACAAAUUUCCCCUUGAGUGGUGGAAAACAGGCAUUGCCUUUGUGUAUGCGCUCUUCAACCUAGUCUUGACAACUGUCAUGAUCACAGUUGUGCACGAGAGGGUCCCUCCCAAGGAGCUCAGCCCUCCACUCCCAGACAAGUUUUUUGAUUACAUUGAUCGAGUGAAAUGGGCAUUUUCUGUAUCAGAAAUAAAUGGGAUUAUAUUAGUUGGAUUAUGGAUCACCCAGUGGCUGUUUCUGAGAUACAAGUCAAUAGUGGGGCGCAGAUUCUUUUUUAUCAUUGGGACUUUAUACCUGUAUCGCUGUAUUACCAUGUAUGUUACUACUCUACCUGUGCCUGGAAUGCAUUUCCAGUGUGCUCCAAAGCUCAAUGGAGACUCUCAUGCAAAAGUACAACGGAUUCUACGGUUGAUUUCUGGUGGUGGAUUGUCCAUUACUGGAUCACAUAUCUUAUGUGGAGACUUCCUCUUCAGCGGUCACACCGUUGUGCUGACACUUACCUAUUUGUUCAUCAAAGAAUAUUCGCCUCGUCACUUCUGGUGGUAUCAUUUAAUCUGCUGGCUGCUGAGUGCUGCCGGGAUCAUCUGCAUUCUUGUAGCACAUGAACACUAUACUGUCGAUGUGAUCAUUGCUUAUUAUAUCACAACACGGCUGUUUUGGUGGUAUCACUCAAUGGCCAAUGAAAAGAACUUGAAGGUCUCCUCACAAACUAAUUUCUUGUCUCGGGCAUGGUGGUUCCCCAUCUUUUAUUUUUUUGAGAAAAAUGUACAAGGCUCAAUUCCUUGCUGCUUCUCCUGGCCACUGUCAUGGCCUCCUGGCUGCUUCAAAUCAUCGUGCAAAAAGUAUUCACGGGUUCAGAAGAUCGGUGAAGAUAAUGAAAAAUCUACCUGAGGAGCAAAACAAAGGCAUCAGCUCUUACACCAAAAGAGUUAACGCUGUAACCAAAGGUAUAGUUUUGUUUUAUUUUAGGACAACUGAGUGACAAAUGAAGAAGUGGACCAAAUUUUGAUGAGAAAGAUGAACAAAGUAUUACCCUUGACUGCUUUUUUAAAUUUUAAUUCAUUCUGAGAAAGAUAUACUCCCCUGCAGCUCCUUAUUCAUUGGUGACAAGCCCCCUACCUGGCAUUUUACAAAUAGAGUUUGUUAAAGAGGUGCCAAAAAAAUAUUACUUUUUUCACUAUUCUUUCUCCAUCACAACCCUCUACUUCAGAAUUUUUUCAGGAUUGUUUCCUCCCAACGUCAGAAGAAUUUGUUAAUGCUUUAAAUAAAAUAAUCUGGAUAUAUA